ACAUUAACUUAAACGCUUUGUCUCGUCUUGUCUUGUCCGAGACCGCCAUACCCAUGAAACCCUAGGAACGGGGUCUGAAACCUUUCAAGCGCGUCUUGCACAGAGCGGGAGGCUUGGAAUUAACCAGGAUUUCAUGGUUGUGGCAUCCAGGAGGUGAAGCACGAGUGUUGCCGUGGUCUCAGAUCUCGAAGUCCGGUGUCCUACAAGCGUAUUUGGAGCUCGGAGGUAGUUUUUCGGAGGACAAUUAUUGUUACCUCGCUGGAAAAUUGUGAGGUAGAGAGGAGCUCUAAGUCUAGUGAGAUCUGGAGGUUUCAAGGCGGUGGUGGAAUUCGGGGACGGUAUUGAGUUUGGGAGGCGGGAUGAGGUGAAGGGAUUGAAGAGGGAUUGAAGGAGGGAUUGAAGGAGGCAUUGUAGGAGGGGGAGGUUUGUUGAGAGGUUCUGAAUGGCGGUAGGCGAGGGGUGGUAUGAGUGAUGGAUGCAUUGGAAUUGGUGGUUUGGAUCAGCUCCUUGGUGGUGGGGGUUUUCGUUUGUGAUUGUGUAAGAUUGGUUGUGGUAGCGAAGCAAGGUGUUACUCGUAGGGUAAGAUGUGGCUAUUCUAUGCAUUGGCGGGGCCGAUCGCCCUGGGCAUGGUCACGGGUGUUUUGCAGUACUUCGCUGCUCGCACUGUGACCUUGUACGUCCGUUUAAUUGUAGGUUACACUUGGUUCUGCACUAUCUCCAUCAUCGUUCUCGUGCCCGCAGACAUCUGGAUUACAAUCUCUUCUUCGCAUAGCAGCAAAGCUAGUAUCGCCGUAUUAUGGAGCUGGUCGUAUUGGAGUACGUUCUUUCUUACCUGGGCUAUUGUUCCAACGUUGCAAGGCUACGAGGAUGCCGGAGAUUUUACAGUGACAAAACGGUUCAAGACAAGCAUUCAUCAAAAUGUUGUCUUAUAUGCGUCAGUUGGAGGUGUUGGAGCUUUGGGAGUUCUGAUCAUGAUCUUCAUGAACAAGUUGCAUUGGAAUGGACUCUUAGCGUUGGCUAUUGCCUCCUCCAACACUUUUGGACUAGUCACAGGUGCAUUUCUUUUGGGUUAUGGCUUGGUGGAGAUUCCCCGUGGCAUGUGGCGUAACGCAGAGUUGGAAUUUCGUCAGAAAUAUUUGACACACAAAAUUUCAAGAUGUGCUGUUAAGCUGGACGAUGCCCACCAAGAGUUGUCCACAGCCAUUGUGAUUGCACAAGCAACGUCCAAUCAGAUGUCAAGGCGCGACAGGAUGCGGCCUUACAUGGAUGUGAUCGACGAUAUGCUGGCAGAGAUGGUUAGGGAAGAUCCGGUCUUCAAGCCAUCUGGUGGAAGAAUGGGAGAAAGUGAUAUGGACUAUGAUCAGGAUGAGAAAUCAAUGGCUGCACUCAGAAGGCGUCUACGUAAAGCACAAAGUGCGUAUAAUCGUUACAAAAGUGAUUACACAUCAUAUGUCUGGGAGGCACUUGAAAUGGAAGAGACAUUAAAGAAUAUUCAGCGUGCUGAUGGACGAUUUGUUUCCACAAUUCGACCACCACGUACUGGUCCCUUCGCUAACGUGCUUGAUAUUGCUGAGUAUGUGUGGCGUUGCCAACUCAGAAAGAACGUGGUCAUGGUUUUAGCUGCCUUGCUGGGAGCCAUGUCCGUCGCCAUUGUGAUGGCCGAAGCUACCCUUGUAUUUGAGGCGGAUCUCUCUCUCUUGUCGUUGAUAAUCAGAGGGGUGGGUGAUUCGGAAAUUUUAGUGCAGGUGGUUGCAUUUGUACCCUUGGCAUACAUGUGUGUGUGCACAUACUUUUCCCUUAUCAGGUUGGGAAUGAUGACAAUCUAUUAUCUGGCGCCCAAGCAAACUAGCUCCGUGAGCUUACUGAUGAUUUGCUCGAUGAUUGCAAGAUAUGCAGCUCCACUUUGUUACAACUUUCUGAGCCUGAUCAAGUUAAGAAGUGAUCAGAAAACUGUUUUUGAAGAAAAAAUGGGCUCUAUGACAGUUAUUCCUUAUAUCGGAGAUGAGCGAUUCAACACAUUUUACCCAAUAUUUAUGGUGAUUUACACCGGGUUACUGGCCAGUAAUGUUUUGAACCGUAUAAUGGACUACUUCGGAAGCUUGCGGUAUUUUAGAAGCCAUGAUGCGGAAGAUGGUGAAGGGUUUGACCCGUCGGGGCUUAUCAUUCUUCGUAAAGAGCGGUCUUGGCUUGAACAAGGUAGCGUGGUAGGAGAGAAUGUUGUGCCAUUAGCUCGCAACUUUGGUAGUGCUGAGUUGGACAUUGAAUCUGAAGCAAUCCUGGGGAAGAAGGUGUCCCCGGAGAAGGAGGCUCUUCAUCCGAGCUCACGCUUAAUUAGUGACAGUAGUGCACCGUCGAAGUCAAAACCUCUUGAUGCCCCUGGAAAUCGUCAGUAUGGACGGGUGGACAAGUCUUCAUCCACGGAAGCUAUUGCUUCUAAAUACGCUUCUCUUCGGAAUCCUUCAAAAGCGCCUCCGGGUGGCAAUUACAGAGACGCUCCUAAAGAUUCGUCUGGAAACACGGCGAGAGCAGCAAUACCUUCAACACAAUCAUCCCAACCCCCAGCAUUGAUUGACUUGCACUCUGCACCAUCAGCAACUCCUCAGCAAUUGAAUAGUACAGAAAGAUCUGGUUUCACGUUGAACUGGGACACAAUGAAGACAGGGUUGCAGAAUUUUGGUACAAAGCGGUUUGCCCCAAUGCGGCAAGACAAAGCAAGUAAUCAAGUGCAGCCCUCAUCUUCGCAGACAUUAGAUAGCAUUUUUCAGGGUCUCAGCAAAAAUCGUGGAGCGACUGAUGAAGAUGAUGGUCUCGACUUGCGAUUGUUACGAUAGUAUGCGAGCUAGUCCUUUUUGUAGUUGCAUCAUGUUUCUUCGAAUCUUUGCAAGGUAGAAUCUUAGAUCUUUGCAAGGGUUACAGGGGUGUAGCAGUAGGAACAUUCUUUGUUAGGAGACGCUACAGUGUCUAUUCUCCUCUUGUUUGUAGUGUAUCUAUACGCCUCAAGGUGGUCGAUAGACGUGAGCCCUUCGUACGUGGGUUGAAAGACAUUUGAGUUACAUGACUAGUGUAAUUAAUUACUGUUAAUUUUAUUGCAUAUGGAUUGACAUUUUGACAGGC